CCUGCUCUUAGGCUCCAGUCCCUUUGUACGACCUCAUCUAACUCCUAAGUCCACCCCGUCCGCUUAUCUCCGCACGCUCGAACCCUUUAUUUUCGCGCAGGAAACCUAGACCAAAGUUCCACACCUUCGUAACCAUGUCGGCACAACAAGCCCUCCCCGCAACACACCGCGCCCUCGUCCAACGCGACUACGGCAAGCCCCUCGUCGUAGAAGACAUCCCGACUCCGCAGCCAGUUCCCGGGUCCGCUGUUCUCCGCGUCGAAGCUGCGGCAGUCGUCUCCUACCAGAAGCUCGCAUACAACGGCACCUGGCCGAACCGAUACUUGACGCCCAUCGUCCCUGGCUCCUGGGCCAUUGGACGGGUCGCCGCCGUGGGUCCCGAUGCCGUGUCCCUCCAGUCCGGCGCGCUCGUUCUGUUCAGCAACUUCAUCCAUGCGCGCGACGACCCAUCGAUUGCUUUCCUCUCAGGAUUCGCCGACUUUGCGCAGCCCGGAUCGAGGAAGCUCAUGAGUGGCGAGUGGCGCGAGUCCACCUACGGACAGUACGCUAAAGUGCCGCUGGAGAACUGCUUCCCGCUGGAUGAGGCACGUCUAUGCGGUUCUCCCGACUCCGGCGGACUUGGGUAUAAGAUUGAACAGCUGAUGUGGGCGGGAUUGGCUCUCGUGGGAUAUGGCGGUCUGCGCAGCAUCGAGGUGAAAGCCGGGGAGACGGUCGUUAUCGCACCGGCAACGGGUGGGUUCAGUGGAGCGGCGGCAGUCGUGGCUGUCGCCAUGGGUGCGCGAGUCAUCGCCAUGGGCCGCAAUAAAGACACGAUGAAGUAUCUGGAAGGGCUAUCGCCUCGGAUCCACACCGUACCCAUGACUGGGAAUGAGGAGGAGGAGAUGAAGGAAUUGGCUCGGUUUGGCUGCAUCGACGCCUUCCUAGACCUUUCUCCAGCCGCCGCUACCGAAUCAGCGCACCUGAAGAGCGCCAUUAAGUCCCUGCGAGCCGGCGGCCGUGUUAGCCUGAUGGGUGGACUGCUUGGCGACUCAGUCUUCCCAUACCGGUCCGUUGUUCACAAGAGUCUCACUGUCAAGGGCCAAUGGAUGUACAGCCCCGAGGACGCGCGAGACAUGAUCAAGAUGAUCGAGAACGGCAUCCUAAGCUUGAACCACGUCAGCGUGGCCGGCAAGUUCAGCCUGGAGCAGUGGGAACAGGCUUUCGAAGUGGCGGCUGGGAUGAAAUUCAACGACGUAACGGUGCUGUCAGGAUGAGGAGGCGGGAUCGGCAGGUUCGUGGACAGCUUCAACGCAAGGAAAUGAGGUAUGUCUUUGCGUAGCCGAUCGGAGGCUGCUUCAACACAAAGGCGCAGAUGGAAUUGAGGGAAGGGGUACAUUUUCGAAGGAACUAAGAUGGAUAGGAAAAUGAGGACUUUUUCCCUCCCUGAGGUGAGGAAUGGACAUAGCUCGACAUGCAUAGAGCUAUGUACAACCCUUUCAAUAGCUGAACAA